AUGGGAGGAUCAGGUUUUGGAUUUACAAUGGAUUAUGAGAUGACACAGACGUCAGAAUGCAACUCUUGCUCUCCAAUUGAGGACAAAUCCAACUACUGGGUUGCGGCACUCUACUACCAUGCCCAAAAUGGUAGUUUCAUUCAGGUCCCACAGAACGGUGGAGCAUUGAUUUACUACGAACAACGUCCAGACCCAACUACCAACGGUAAAAUCGUGGCUCCCCCGCCUGGUUUCCGGAUGAUUGCUGGCAGCCCAUUUGAUCGCCAAUACAAGGACACGAUCGCUGCUGAUGCGCGUAGCUUCGCCUGUCUCAAUUAUGACGGUCCUGCAACACCCCAAACAAAUGGGUUUCCAAAGACAAACUGCCCCAAUGGCCUCCGUGCACAGAUUUACUUCCCUUCCUGCUGGGAUGGAGUCAAUCUGGACAGCCCCGAUCAUAAGUCGCACAUGGCAUAUCCGACUCAGACCUAUGAUAAUGGCCCAUGCCCACCAUCGCACCCCGUUCGAAUCGUUUCCAUCUUCUACGAGAUUACCUGGCACACCGAAGAAUUUGGAAACAUGUGGUAUGGUGACAGCCAGCCAUUCGUUUUUUCUUUCGGCGAUCCCACGGGGUAUGGCUUACAUGGCGACUUUGUCAAUGGGUGGAAUGUUGACGUUCUCCAAGAAGCAAUUGACACCUGCAAUGAUGGUGGCGGUGAUAUAACCGAAUGUGCACCAAUCCAUCUCUAUCCCGACACCGUCACAGAUGGCUGUCUUUUGGAACAGUCGAUCGACGAAGAAGUCGGAGGGUGGCUCAAUGCUCUCCCAGGCUGCAAUCCCAUCCAACCAGGUCCCAAUGAUGCCACUAUAUUUACUGGAUGUGGUGCACCCACGGAGAUUGGAUCACCACGACACUACUACACCGAUGUCACCACUGCACUGGGCUGGGAGUGGCUCGGUUGCACGGUCGAUAACGCAGGCGGCGUUCGCAUUCUCACCGGCUCCAGCUCACGGGGGUCUGAUAUGACUGUUGAAAAGUGUAUCCAGAAUUGUGAGGCGGAUGGAUACAAAAUUGCAGGCCUGGAGAAUUCCCAGGAGUGCUAUUGUGGCAAUAUCCUUGACCCUGCAAAUAAGCCGACAACCACCCCGAUGGGAAAUUGUUUAUAUCCUUGCAGUGGCGACCCUGGUCAGAACUGUGGUGGGUACGGCUUUAUUGGACUUUACCAGGAAUGUAAUGGGGAUUGUCAAAACUUGCAAUACCCUGUGGUGCCCCACUAG